AGUAGCGCCGCAUUCCAGCGUUAGAUCCAGCGCCUAGACACCGCGCGGUAACAGCGUAGAAACCACUGGGUGAUUCACCAUCUUUCUUCCUUACCACUAGUACCGCUAUUACCCGGCUAUCGCGACAUCAAUGGACGACUGCAGCGUGUUCGAGACAAGCGCCGGGCAACCGUCUGUCGUCUCCCCUGUGACUGUCACCAACGCCACACAGAGCGUUGACACGGGCGUAGACCGAUGGCCAAACUUAUCCCCCGACAUUGGAAAACAUAUAACAGAUAUAGGGAAUAGCACUUGUGGGAAAGGCGCUGGAUUUAUCUCUAGCGAAAAGGGUCCAAAACAAGCACCGAUACGACCGCAUUCAACCCCUCUUACUCUGAAAUGGCUGGACGAAAACUACGAGGUAGCAAUCGGGGUCUGUAUUCCCAGAAAUCAGCUGUACUUACAUUACCUGGACUUCUGCGACAAGAACAGAUCUCAGCCAGUUAAUGCUGCAAGUUUUGGAAAGAUAAUCCGACAACAGUUUCCAUCAAUAACCACCAGACGUCUCGGUACACGUGGACAAUCCAAAUACCAUUACUAUGGGGUUGGGGUCAAAGAGUCAUCCCCGUAUUAUGACAUCAUAUACUCCAAAAACGGGAUGGACAGCAAAGAUGACUCUAAGACGGACAACGCGAAGCCGCAUAUAGUUUAUUCCCCUCGCUCUAAACUGGGGACGCUUCUGCCGGAAUUUCCAGAGGUGAAAGAUAUUAAACUCCCACCGGAUAUACCGCAGGAAAAGGUAAUAACAUUUGUCAUGAUGUACCGCACACACUGUCAACGGAUUCUGGACACAGUGAUUCGCGCCAACUUCGACGAGGUUCAGAACUUCCUGCUCUACUUCUGGCAGGGCAUGCCUUCCCAUAUUAUCCCCAUAUUGGGCAGCCAGACGCUGGUCAGCCUAGUGGGAGUCUGUGACGCCAUACUGUACAAGGCCAUAGCGAGUGUUCUUAUCCCGACCAUUCUGCAGUCGUUGCCAGACAGUCUUACUCAAGAUAUUAGAAAGUUUGCAAAACAGCUCAUAGCAUGGACACAUAGUGCAUUGGAAACAUUGCCAGAAAACCUUUGCUCUAUGAAACUGAACAUCGCCAAUCGUUUUGCUCACGUGUUACGGAGACAGACGGCACUAAACCAUUUGUGCCAAGCAGCACGUGGUGUCGCUGAAUGUGGUGACGUCACCGACCAGAUGCUCGAUGAUUGGAGGACUAUAGAUAUCCAGAGCGUGAUAAAACAGACUCUUUACACGUUAGACAAAUACAGGAGUGCCACAGCGGAGAUGAUGUUGCAAUUUACCCAGGAAUUUGAAGAUCUAAUGGAGAACCAAGGUACACUAGAGUCCUAUGCAGAAUGGUUGGACAGCCUCAUCAAUACAUGUGUGAUAACGCCAAGUUUCAAGAGCUCUAACAGCCUAAAGAAAUGUGCCAGACAGUUCUUAUUAUUGUGGUCGUGUUUCGGUACUCGAGUUAUAAGAGACAUGACCCUGCACAGUGCGCCCAGUUUUGGAUCCUUCCAUCUACUCCACCUUAUGUUUGACGACUAUGUGAUGUUUAAGUUGGAAAUGCUACACAGAGACGAGGAGACAAGGAAACUUGCACAAUCCAUCAAGGGCGAGACAGUCACGGAUAAAGAAGACGACUGUGUCUUCCCAGAUGCUUCCCUGCUUAGACAAUCUACAGUGGCAGAGCCUGCUGAAACAGGACAGAACAAAGACUGUCAUGGAAGUGUCACAGACGUGAAUAGAAACAGUGUCAUAACAAGUGCUGUCCAAAAAGCAUCCAUCCAGGAAGAUCUAAUUCUAGGUCAAGGUCAAAGUCAAAGGGGAAGCCAGGUUCAUUGUCAAGGUCAGAGUCAGCGUGGCGUCCAACUGCAUGAGCAACAGCUAUCUGCUACAGACAAUAGAAAUUAUUAUUACAGAAAAGGUCAUAGCAUCAGGCCGGCUCAUCAAAACAGACAUUUUUCGGAUUCGACGAUUACUCAAGGAAAACAGAGAUCCAGCAGCCUAAGCGGUUUUGCCGAAACACCAACUGCGGCAACAGGAAGGAAAAAUAUCCAAGCGGCCGCUACAAGCGGUGAUAACCAGCGUCAAAACGAAGCUGCAUUACAGACCUCCGUUGUUGACUAUAGCGGCGCUUCAUCUGGUGAAGGAAGUUCAACUAUUUAUGACAAUAACAGUACUAGUGACAGCUCUUCGAACCCUCAGUUGCCACGCCAGUUUAAGCGGCCACACAUGUUUGCAGCGUCUUUUCCCACCAAACGCCGCGCCACAAGUUUGAAUCAAUCCAUGUACAACUACGGCGACUACCCUAGUGUAGGGGGGCAGUCAUUGGGCUCUCAAAGUUUUCAAAGACCCCACAUAUCCUCCUCGUUAAACCAAGGGCUUGUCGGCGCGGUAUGCCAGCAGGAGAUGUACGACAUGUUUGGAGAAAACCAACUACAAUGCGAGAGGCAGGGCGGCUCGGGACCAUCUUUAUCCAGUCCAGAAGAUGCCCCAAACCACAUGCAAAGCGCCGACAGUCCAAACCAAGCACCAUUCUCGGCUACGACCACGUGGGGAUAUUGUAAUGAUGGGAGAGUAGUUUCCACACCACUACAGGCCAU